UUCUCAGAAAAGGGUACUUAUAUGUUCUACGCAUUUUAUGAUUUUUCUCUAAAUAAAUAUCAAGGAAAUUAUUAACUUAAGUGAAUAUUUUUGUGCUGGAGAGUUCUAACCCUUACACAAAUAUGCUGUCGGUGACAUCCAUUUUGGUUUUGUUGUUAUGCUUUAUUACAAUACAAGUGGACUGCGAUGAACCAUGUGGUAUUUCCGAGACGUACAAAUCAAUUCUUCGAAACUGCAUACCUGCAGUGCUGAAUGCCGCAUUGGACGAUCGACUGAACUGCUCUUCUAUUGAUUCGUACUGGACAUGUGUGAAACAUGUUUCAGAAGUGUGUAAUCUUCCUGUCAGUGGACAAAUUUUUGAUCGAGCCAGCGAAGUAAUCAAGGAUCUUGUUUGUAAUGGGAACAGGCUGAAUUAUUCACUGCCACUAGAAAUCUUUGGCAUCAUGGUCUGUUUUUUCUUAAUGCAGAAACACCGUGGCUAUUAGACUACACAUAUUAUGUC